CCGUCCCGGUGACCGAGUCGUGCCGCAGCCGCCGUCGUUCGCCACCGACCACGCCACACACCGUCGUACCAUGUUCACGUCUACCGCCGCCGCCGCCGCCGUCUGCUGCUAUGCCGUUGCGCUGGUCGCCAUCGUCGUGUCCAACGUACACACCGUGGAAAGCAUACAAUGUUUUGUGUGCAACAGUCACAACGACACGGCCUGUGCCCAAGAAGCCCUUCCGGAAUAUCUGAAAACCGAGUGUUCGAAACUCAACUACGGCGUGCCAGAGGAUGAAACUAAAAACUACACUCUGUGCAGGAAGACCAUACAGACAAUUGAAAAAGAGGUCAACGGAUUGAAAGCCGACAAGAACCGCAUCAUCAGGACCUGCGGCUGGGACGAUUCCAACUACAAAGACAAGUGUUACCAUAGAUCUGGUUUCGGCGGCAAGCAGGACGUGUGCACUUGUUCGACGGAUUUCUGUAACGCGGCCGGCAAGGCCGGGAUGAAUGUGAUGUUCGCCUCGGCUCUGUCCGCAGCAGUCUUGCUGGUCGUUUCAAUGUUGUAAUGAGCUUUAAAAAAAACAAAUAUAUAUAUAUAUAAAUAUAAGAUAAUUUACCGUUAAACACUUCAACCGUAACGAACGUGCGACCACGCGUACAACGUGUACAUUAUUAGGUACGCCGGAAAACGAAUAAAACUGUUCCGCGAAGUCGUCGGGUAAAAAACGACAGUUUUUUUUUUUUUUUUAAUUUAAUUAUAUAAGGUAUUAAUUUAUUUAUCAUGUCUAUUAACCGUCGUUGUUGUUGUUGUACACGUGGUCGUCUAAAAACCGCAAAAUUUGCCUGUAAAAGGAUGACCUAAACGUCGUGCUAAAGCGUUUGUGUGUUGUCCGUAAAUAAAUGAUUUAUAAUCCAUAAAAAA